UUACACUUUGACAAGGUAAGUGAAGUUUAUACAGCUGUAUUAAAACAAAAUCGGCUCUUAAAUUCCAGUCAAAAUUCAACCCCCAAGUGGUAACCGCCGUUAAAAUUUGCCCCAAACCUUCAACUAUGGAGAUAUGUGUUGGUGGUGCAUUACAACAGUUUGAUCCUGUCUUAGUAGUGAGGAGGAGGCUUAGAGGAGGAGGAGGUGGAGGCAGGGAUGGACGGCAUUGUGGAGGAGAACGGGUGUCAGUCUCCCGGAGGUGGGGCAGGGGGUAGGGGAGACCUAGGGGGACCAAAUUCGCCUCAGUCGCAGCCCCAUCCUAUCGCCAUAACGGCCGUGCAAUCAGUGAUUCAAGCCAACCAGUCCAACCAGCAGUCAGUGAUUCAAUCAGCAGGUGGCAACGUGCAGCAAGUGCUGACUAAGGGCAACGUCAUACUAGUCAAACAACCAAACUCAGCCUUAUUUGAUUUUCAGGUAGUGGAAGCUGGGAGUGACGACAGUCUCUCGAAUGAUGAAGACACGACCAAGAAGCGACGCGAUUUGCUGACGAGGAGGCCGUCCUACCGAAAGAUACUCAAUGAGCUUGGAGGUGGAGAGAUUGCUGGGGGCGGUGUUGUAAGUAAAGUAGAAACGGACGAUUCGGAUGACUCAAACCUGGACAGUGAACUCUCAUCGCAUUCCCUGACCGCCCAGUAUCAGACAGUUAUACCAGCUGGCACCAUCCAGCUAUCGCAGGGGGAAGGAGUGGGGGGUCUACACACGCUCACGAUGACGAACGCUACGACGGCAGGUGGGGGGACCAUAGUGCAAUACACACAAGCCCAGGACGGUCAGUUCUUUGUGCCAGGCGAGAUUGUUGUGACGCAGGGUAGCGGUAGCCUAAGUGGGGGGAGUCCAAUCAUAGCCGAGGACCAGCAGAGGAAACGGGAGUUGAGAUUACUUAAAAAUAGGGAAGCAGCAAGGGAAUGUAGAAGGAAAAAGAAAGAAUACAUCAAGUGUUUAGAGAACAGAGUUGCUGUGUUAGAAAAUCAAAAUAAAGCCCUUAUAGACGAAUUAAAAUCGCUGAAAGAACUCUACUGCCAGCAGAAAACUGAUUAAUUUCCCUGUGUUUGUGCAAAGUUUCCCUGUUUUUGAACAGUUUCCUCGUUUUGUUGUGCUGGAUUCUUCAGUAAUUCUGUUGCCAACAGAAAUGUGCAAAUGUCCCUGUUUCUGAGCAAAGUUUCCCUGUUAUGUGCUGGAUCAGUUAGUAAUUGUGUUGCCAACAGAAAUGUCCAAAUUUCCCUGUUUCUGAGCAAAGUUUCCCUCUGUUGUGCUGGAUCAUUUAGUAGUUGUUUUGACAAGUGAGAGUGAUGACUACACUUUUUUAAAAACUUGACUAUUUUCCAAGACUCAAUUCUCCCAUUAUGUUGUGAAGUUGAACGCUUAGUGACAUUCUUACCUACAAAAACUGGAAUAAUUUCCCUGAAUUGCAGCCGAAAUUUCCCUGCUCUACAAAAGGUUGGUAACAGCUGUAAGUGAGGUUAUGUGUACAUUUUUUAGCAGUAUGGGUACAAAAAAUAGUAACGUUAUAGAUGUGUUUAACAACUUUUAGAAACUAACAAUCUUUUGCGAUUGAUUUGAUACAUACUUCUUGAUACACGUUGCAGAAAUUUUGCAACGCGCUGCUCAUUAUUUGCAACGUGUUGCAUAAUAUUUGCAACAAAACUUUGUGCAGGAGUGUUCAGUAGCUCCUGAUGUGAUCUCUUUUUGCGAUUUCUGUCUAAUUGACUGAAAAUUCAAGAAUGUCUAAAAAUAGAUGAUAAAUUAUUGUUGAAAAUGAAGAGAAUUUUAGAGUAGAAAUGAAUUGCACGCGUGGCCUUAUUGACUAUUAUUUUAAUCUAAAAUAAGUCUCCAUAGUUUUAUAAUUCUGAUUAGAACUAAUACUAGUAUCAAUAGAGAUAACUCUAUUAUUAUUUGCAAACAUUAAGUUAAAAUUAUAACAGAUUAUGUUUUACUAAACCGAUAAUUAAUCAAUGUAGCAAAGAAUGAUUAACAAAUUUCAUCUUAUUGACAUUGAAUGAAAGAUACAUAAUAUGGUUGUUCAUAUCUUUAGCUAAUUUUACAUCAACAUCAAAGAAUUAAAAAUUAUACAGCCAAUCUAAUUUUUAUAAAAUAAAUUGCUUGGAUAAUUUAUGGUUGGGUAUAUUAUUGAGGGACUUUCUAUGUACUAUUAAAUCAUAUUUAUCAACAAUAUGAUUAACCCUGGUUGAUAUUAUUUGUUUUCAACAUUUUUAUCUAUUUCGUGAUCUUUAGCUUGAAUUUUUGGAGUAUUGUCUAUCGAUUUCUAAUUUUUUCAAUGCUUGUUUCCAUUGCUACAGAUUUGUAUUACAGUAUGAAUUUGAAUUAACAUAAUUUUGACUAAUUAUUAUUUAAAUUGAUGUUUUAUACUCAACAAAAAAGAAACAUGUUUUUUUCAUUAAACAUGACUGCAAGUAAUUACAUAUAUUAUUACUGUACGUAUAUAUUUGAGAAGUAUUGUUUUCAAGCAAAAAACCCAGAUUGAACUAAAAUUAAAAUUAUUACAUUUAAACUUGUCCAAAGGAUUUUGUAGCAAUGGAAGCCGAAUAAAUAUUACAAUAAAAAUGAUUCCUCAAUAAAUAUAUUACAUCACAGACUAUAGUAUAAUAAUAAUUAUUUUGUGACUAGGCAAUUUUCCGUAACUCCGGUUUGAAAACACUCUAUUUGUUUUUUCUUCUAUUGAUAUUAUUUUAAAAUGUGUGUUUAAAUUUUGAAAAGUUUUUUCCGUUCUUAUUAUAAUUGUAAUCCUAAUUUAAUUCAAUCUUAGGUUGUAGGUGAUCUGUAGUUUUCUUGUUGUCUCAUAUAGCAUUGGGAGGGAAGUUAUGCUAGUAAAAUUGAAUAAACUUUGAUAUUUAUGUUGAUAAUAUUCAAGGAUGGCCUUUCAGUAAUCUCUUUUAACAAAUUAAAUUUAAAUUUUGUUAAAUUUUCAAUCAUCAAAAUUGUAUGUGUGUGGAUGAGGUUUUGAGUUCGAACUUGGUAAAUUAAUUAUUUUUGUAGGUACAUUUUUUUUGUUUGGUUUAACGUUUUUGUAAGAAUUGAUUUCUAUCUAGGUUUAGGAAAAUAAUUGAUAUUGUAUGGGUAUACAAACCACAGAGUGCAAGUAAAUUGAACAGACAUAGUUGGGUGGAAAUUAUGAAUUUGAUGGUCCACCAUUCAGGUGUAGAACAUUUUUAACUCAAUUAUAAAGCUCGUAAACAAGAAAUUUUGUUGUUAAUUUUCGUUCAAAUAUGACUGAAAUUCUAAGUUUUGUUCAAAAUUUUGUGAAAUUCUAUUUGAAUUGGAUGGCGAUUGUUAGUGUAAU